AUGGAAACUGAGCUGAUAUUGAAGAAAUUGUUGGGUUUGAUUCCUGAUGAGGAAGAGCAACUAGAGAAGUUUGAGACAAAAGAUAUUCUGGACAAUGUUGAUAUCAAUGAUUUUACACUUGAUGUGAUUGUUAUGGGAGACCAAUUGGUAGAUGAUCAACCGAUCAAUACACAGACAAAGAUAGUUGUCAUUCCUGAUGAUGACACUUGUACUAAUGAUGUUGAUGCAACUAAUGGUGUAAAUGUGCAGGUUGAUGAUGUGCGAAUGUAUGAACAACAACAUGGACAUGAAGAGAACAAAGAUGGAGAAGAUAAGAGAUCUAAAGAUCCACCUAUACAUACACAGACUGUUCUGCAACCGGUAAAUGACAAUGAAAAGAAUAAGGAAAAAGAAAAGAUAGAAGAAAUGAUACAGGAUAGACCUAAAGAGAAGAAAGAGGAAGAAGAGAAGGAAACAAAGAAAUUUAAACCUAAAGUGACACCUCUAUCCUUUAAUUCUAAGAAGAAAAUAGAUGAUGAUGAGGACGAUGAUGCAUUAAGCAUACAAGGACCCCUUAAUAUGGAUAUGCUGAGUUCUACAAAAUUAAUGGAGAUUGCCACUGCAAUGAAAUCUAGAGCAAAGAAGAAGAGAAUGAAGGAACAACAGAAAGAAGCUGAGACAAUCAAACAUUUAGUUGAAAUUUUGUCAAGCUUAUUACCGGAGACUGAUACAGAUAAUUUUGCUACACUGAUUGAUAAGAUAGGUCAAUUAGUUAAUGAUGCUGGUGAAUAG